ACCAUGUCGGCUCGAUUUGUUGCAUUCCUGUUAAUCACUUCAAAUUUAAUUAUAUUGUCUAAAACUGACGAUGACUUCACAUGUCCUACAAUCCAUAUUACCAAAGACACCGGGAUGACUGGAGCAAUCCCAGCUGGAGCCACGUCAAUGACUAAAAUUCCGGCUGGAACUGACUGUACAUACAUUUUUGAUAUUCCCAAGGGAUUUGCAAUAAAAAUGGAAACGUCAGCAGUGUACGAUGUCUCGCCUGGUGAUUCUAUAAAAUUCGAUUAUUUUUAUAUUUCUUCACCAGCCGAAAAGGAAGUCGAAUAUGCUGUCAACCAGACACUACCAUAUGAAGUUAUCUCUAAAACUGGAAAUUUGACAUUUUUCGCAACUUACACAUACAUUGACAUGACAAAUUAUCAACAAGUAAUCAAGCCAACUGGAACUUACUUCAAUGCAACACUUGAGACUGAUAAAUAUUUCACUGUUCAAGCAGCUGAUAACGAUCAGGUAGUCUUGAAAUAUGGGUCACGUCAGACUGGAUUUGUCGAUACAAGUAUCUACGAGGUUUUCGUUUUCGAUGGAAAUGAUAUUUUGAAUUCGAAAUACUUGGGAAGAUUGACAGAGUUGUAUCGCAGACCCCAAUAUGAUGUUUCCUCAACUUCAAACACUUUGACACUUUUGGAUUUGUAUGGAAUGCCAUCGGAUUCAUUGCUUUUGGGAAAUGAUGCAUCAACCGUCGAAAAUAUGGGUCAAUAUUCGGUUUUUGUGAUUGACUCUGAUAAGGAAUUGGACGGAUACAUGGGUAAUUAUGAACUUGAGCCUGAUUCGUGGUACACAUUCAUUUGUAAUGAUUGCUCGAGCUUCACAAUUGGGGCAAUGACGUUUGACAGGAAAUUUGAGAAUGCAUCGGGAUAUAUCGAAGUUCAAGGAAUGUCUCCGACUCAAAAAUUGCAGCCAGUACUUAAAUAUCCAUAUUCCACCAAUUCAAACAGCAGUUUCCCACAACUUAUUCCAUCUCCAAUGGCUACCUUCCAUAUUCACAAUGCUUCUGUCACUUUUGUAGUAAAGCCUGGAGUUCCCCAAAACGAUUUUGCGGCAGCACCAGGGCAAUCAAGAUCAGUCUACUCUCCACAAAUUUGGAAUCCUGCCGCGGAACCAAAGUUUGAUUACACUUUUUCGGAUCCAGUGAAAGUCUACAAUUUCUCCAUUAAUCUUCAAACAGUGAAGCUGGAAAAUGAUGGAGAUGAGCUGGAUGUGCAAGUAGGAUCUGUUGAUGGUCUCACAACUUUAGACAAGAAAUACAACAAAGACACUAAAAGCGACGCUUAUUUAUCAGGGAUCGGAAGAUACUUAAACUUGAAGUAUACAGGAUCGAAGACAUCAGAAGUCAUUCUUAACUUUGUUAUGAUCGAUCGAUUGAAUCCUGAUGGAACAACUCAGAGCCCUGGAACUACAGUAGUUCCUUCGGGAAGCUUUUCAACUGCACCGAUAGUUACCUCAGUCUCAACACGAGCUACUCGAGUGAGUUCUAGCACUGCACCAGUUGUUUCCACCGUUACAAGCACCAUUACAUCACAAUCCAUUGUUACCACAAAUAAGUCAUCUUCACCAAUCACAUCAAAAACUACCACUAGCAUAAAUGUGAGUAGUUCAACCACAAAAUCAACAAGGCCCAUGCAAAGUACAACGACUUACCAAAAACUGGCACAGGCUAGUUCAACUGCAUCCACCACCCCAAUCCCCAUAACAACACAAAAUAUUUCCACUGCCUCUAUCGCAACACCUUCUACAAAAACCCCAAUCACUCCUUCUCUCAUAACUACAAGAUCUUCCACAACAAAACUAUCACCAAUUGUCAUCACAAAAUCUAGUCUUGCCUACACAGCUACACCUACUUCCGCAGCGCCGUCUACUUCAGCUUUAACAAUUACCACUCAUACAACCCCAAUUCCCGGUGUCUUAACUUCUAAAACUACCUCGAAAACUGUUGAUCUCACAACUGCAACUCAAUCGGUUCAAACUCCUAUAUCUACCGACCCAAUUCUACACCACACAACACCUUCUUCCUUCACAAUUGGCACUACCCAAUUUUUCACAGAAAUCAGCACUGUUAAUCCAAAACGUUUGACGGGCUCCACCGCAACAAGUGUUCACGUGGAAACAACAACGAAAGGAACAUCAUCUCUAUUCUCUGCUGGUUUUCUAAUCAUUGUCAUUUCAGCUUUAACGCUAUAAUAUCAACAAAAACAUGUUUAUUUUAUUUUAAUAAAAAUUUAUU